CGAGUUGAUGUCGUCUGUGUCAGUGCCCUUGACGUGAUGUAUCUGCCUCAGCUCGUAUUCCUUGCUAUCCCCUUCUAUCAACGUCUCUGAUACGUGCUCAGACGCUGGGAACGUCCUUGGCAUGCGGAUGGAACCGGGAGAUUCUGACAGGCGUAUGUCCACGAACUUCAAAUUGACGGCCAUGAGUCACUGUGAGCGCUCGUCCACGCGCUGGGCGCUGAAUGAUUGUUGUCCAUGGAUAGGGGCAUGAUGCAUGAUGAUCUCCAAACCACGUGUGCAAGUCAACACGCACACAUGGGGAUGUGUUUAUAAGACGUGACGUUUGAGGAGACCACCUAGUCCUUCACGUAACCCACGUCCAUUUCUCGCCUACUCAACAGCCAUGACCUCGCCCGUCGUCCAAGACUUUGAAGCCUUCUUCCCUGAGCCAUCGACUCUGCCUUCGACAUCCUGUCCCCAGCGACUUCCUGGAAUAACCGCCGCGUCAAACAAAGCGAUCGUGUUCGUCAUGCGCGACAAUCACCAGAAGUACGAUGUGUUCUGGGAUGACCGGAAGUUUCAUAACCACGUUACGCAUCGAGCGUUUGCCCUGUAUGCGAUGGGCGCUCAGGGGCCUCUCAUCGAAGGGUAUUACAAGGCGGAUGCGAAAAGCCUGCGCCCUGCUUUCGCAUCCCCGGAAGAGAUUACAGAGCAGAAUUACUGUGACCAUCUAGAAGACGCAAAAUAUUACUCCGCGUAUGUGAACUUCUUCGCCAACGAAGUCGCGAAGCACGGCGCUAUUGCGACGGUAGAGAAGUUCGCCUUCUCUGAAGAGUAUAACACGACAAAGGCGUGGGGAUUAGCGCAUCUCAUGGCUGGGGUGUACCAUCCGAUGAUUCACAUCGGGAACGGUUUGGAGUUUGGCAUUCCUGGCCUCAUAGUCGAAGGGCUUGCGAUGGGUGCAGUGAAUGAUGUCUUCAAUGUCGACCUUCUUGGUCCAUCAUUCUUCAAGAUCGUUCCGACACUAGACACCGCGACGCAGGCAAUCACGUCAAAACUUUCCUCACUUCUCCUCGACACCAAGAAGCCGAGCUCUGAGCAGCCAAGGUCAUUGGAGACGACAGUGUUUGAUGUACUAGCCCGCGUCCGAAAGAACGACAGGCUCGCUCCGCACAAGUCGUCAGAUAUCUUCACGGAGACAGUUUACACGCUUGUCGAGCGUGGUGGACCUAUUCGCGAGCUUGCAGAUGCGUGGUCGAUUGACCUUUCAAGGCCUGGUGAGGUUGAGAGAAAAGUGGAAGAGCUGAUCUGGAUGGCCACACUCAUAUACGGUGUCGGUGGCUGGUCUGAGAAAGAGUUCCAAGCGGAAUUCUUCUUCCUCCAUAUCGUUACCUCCGCCAUAUUCCUACCCUCCUACACUGCCCACCUAAGCCCGCGGUCCCAAGUAUUGCUUCUCCGCGCGUAUCUUGUCAUGGCCCUCGUCACAUACGUCAGCCGUGGUCGACCCGAGCUGCGCAUUCCCGCGUUCUUCGCCGGCACCAUCCCGGGUUCCACGCUGACGCCAGGGAAUGUCUCUAUCAGCUACACGCCGGAGCCCGAGACCAAAGACGCAGCCGCGAAUCCGAAUCCAUGGCUCGCGCUCGUGCAGAGCGCCCUCGUGCACGAGGCCGACCACUAUCCAAAGGGGAUUCGAGCACUCCUGCAUGGUGCGCAGGCGUACGGCGCUCGGCCGAAGGGCUACUGGUCUGGAGAACUCGAGGGGAUUGAGGAUAUGGACGGGACACUGUUCCUCAGGACUGCCGAGCUAACGGCGUAUUGGGCGAGGGAUGAGAAUCAGGAGAGAGGUAUUGGCGGUGAGAGGUGGAGCUUUGAGGGCUUUGGGGUGUAAUUAACCGAUGAACUAAACC